AUGGCAGCGUCUACCACGUGCACGCUCGGUGCGUUCGCCUGGCAGGCAGCCGCCAAGGCCGACCGCGCGGCGGAGCUUCUGUCCUCCGCCAGCUGCGCCUCCACGAAGUCCCUUCGCGUCGUGUCUGCCGCCAAGGCUUCUCUCCAGGUCCGUGCCUCACUGCGCCUCGCUGCGCCGUGCUGUACGGGGAUGGCUCUCAUUAAGAACUCUAAACUUGCGUCAAGUAAAUUCGAGAUUGAACAGCUGGUGGAUUCGCGCGAUAUCGUGGAGCUGGAGCUCAAGCAGGGGGGGUUUGAGAUCCUCAUCCGCAAGAAGGAGGCGCUCCCCGCGCCCGCCGCCCCCGCUGCGCCCGCCGCGCCCGCCUACCCCGCCUUCCCUCCGCCUCAGAUGUUUCCGCCGUUUCCAUACGCGGAAGCCCCCGCCCCCGCCCCCGCCGCCGCCCCCGCGCCUGCUGCCAAGCCCGCUGCUGCUCCCGCCGCCCCUGCGCCGCCUCCGCCCGCCGCGCUUCCGCCCAUGGUUUCCCCCAUGGCGGGCACCUUCUACUCCUCCCCCGCCCCUGGCGAACCCCCCUUCCUCAAGGUGGGGGACAAGGUGACCAAGGGGCAAGUGGUGUGCAUCGUGGAGGCCAUGAAGCUCAUGAACGAGAUCGAGGCGGAUCAGUCAGGCACAGUGGUGGCUAUUCUGGCGGAGGACGGCAAACCAGUGUCUGUCGGCGCGCCUCUAUUUACGAUCAAGCCGUAA